GGGGACAAGACGCAGCCAGAUGCUUACCGGUUCGCACAUCCGGUCCAUUUUCGGAUGGCUUCUCCGUUGUUGUACUUGUUUUAAGGUCUCUAACGCUCUCUCCCAGCUGGAUAACGUUUCCCCCACAACGCUCCCUUCUCUCUCGACCCCAAUGGCUUUUUCCUCUCUCUCCCUCCGUCUCACCACACCUUCCGUCUUCUCCAACCAAACUGUCAAGAAUCAAGAGAAUGCUUUCCUUCUAUCAGCCAAUAACAACAGCAUCAGCAACCCUUCUCUCAAAGGGCAGAGAACUCCUCCUGUUAGAGCGUUGACAUCUCUGCCUCCAUCCAAACUGUUCGAGCCGCCAAAAGUUGAGGAGUCGCCUUCCGAGUUGGAGCCUGCCGACCCUGAUUUUUAUAGGAUUGGGUACGCGCGGAGUGUUCGGGCCUACGGGAUCGACUUCAUGGAAGGGCCUGAUGGAUUUGGAGUGUACGCAACUCGAGAUGUGGAGCCAUUGCGCAGAGCUAGAAUGAUUAUGGAAAUUCCAUUGGAGUUGAUGCUAACUAUAAGUCAAAAACAUCCUUGGAUGUUUUUUCCUGAUAUCAUACCAAUAGGUCAUCCUAUAUUCGAUAUUAUCAACUCAACAAGUCCAGAGACAGAUUGGGAUUUGAGACUAGCCUGCCUUCUUUUAUAUGCAUUUGAUGUGGAGGGCAACUUUUGGCAGCUGUAUGGUGAUUUUUUACCAAGUUCAGAAGAAUGCACUAGCUUGCUUCAUGCCCAGAAGGAAGACCUUUUGGAGCUGCAAGACCCACUUUUGGCUUCAAAGAUGGAGGGACAGCAGCAACGGGCAUUAGAAUUUUGGGAAAAAAACUGGCAUUCUGCCGCUCCUUUAAAAAUAAAGCGCCUUGCCCGUGAUCCUGAGAGAUUUCUUUGGGCAUUGAGUGUUGCUCAGUCACGUGCUCUUCACAUGAAAAUAAGGGUUGGAGCACUUGUACAAGAUGCAAACAUGCUGGUUCCUUAUGCUGAUAUGUUAAAUCAUUCCUUUCAGCCAAACUGUUUCCUCCAUUGGCGUUUCAGGGAUCGCAUGCUUGAAGUGAUGAUAAAUGCUGGACAGCAUGUCAAGAAAGGAGAUGAGAUGACAAUUAAUUAUGUGAGUGGGCAGAAGAAUGACGUGUUCAUGGGAAGAUAUGGUUUUUCAUCGCCAAUGAAUCCUUGGGAUGUGAUAAAUUUCUCAAACAAUUCAAAGAUUCAUUUGGAUUCCUUCUUGUCAGUCUUCAACAUCUCUGGCUUGCCAGAAGAAUUCUAUCACAAUGGCCUCUUGUCCAGUGGAGAAGACCAUAAUUUUGUCGACGGAGCAGUCAUAGCAGCAGCACGAACACUGCCCACAUGGUCUGAUGGAGAUAUGCCCCCUAUCCCAAGCUUAGAAAGGAAAGCCGCACGGGAAUUGCAAGAAGAAUGUCACCAAAUGCUUGCAGAAUUUCCAACCACGUCUCAGGAGGAUCAGCAAAUCCUAGAUUCAAACCCAGAAGCUAGUAGAACACGGGAAGCUGCCGUCAAAUAUCGGUUGCAUCGGAAGUUAUUCCUAGAAAAGGUCAUCCAGGCAUUAGAACUUUAUCAGGACAGAAUAUUGUUUUAACCGUGUAUAUUUAGCUAUUUAUGUCAUAUUCUUUCGUAGCUGGUAGCAGCAACAUCUGAGAAUCGUAGAUCCUAAUGGUGCAUUGCCGCCAACCAUGGUUCUCUGCGCAAGCUUUAGUGAGACAACGCACUAAUUUCUAUCUGCCUCUCUCCUCUCUGUAGGUCACCUCCAUUUCAGUCAAAAAAAUCGAUUAUUGGAAUCGAUAGGUUAAGACUUUAAUU